AUGGAGAUGAAUUACAAUGAAGGGGCGCUCCAUCAGAUCGAGGAAGAACUGGGGACGGUGAUAUACCCCGGCACGGAGAUCAUGGCAGAUGUGGGUACUCAUCAUUUUGUGAAAUCAUCAUCCACUUCCGAUCGGGUGUUGGUGCCUCAGCCUUCGCAAGAUCCCCAUGAUCCUCUGAAUUGGAACCGAUUCUGGAAGAUGAGCGCCAUGACGGUAUCUACGUUGACAUCGUUCAGUCAAGGAUUCGGUCCGUUGGCGCUGGCUCCUAUGUUUCCGCAGUUGAUGGAGGCGUUCGAGUCCGACUUAGCCUCCGUCGUGCAGUUCACCGGAGUUUGCAUCCUGGUUCUGGGCUUCAGCAACUUCUUCUGGAUUCCAAUUCAAACGUCCUAUGGACGGCGACCGGUCUUGAUUUUUUCGACGCUGGUUUGUCUCAUCAGCAAUAUCUGGCGAGCUACAGCAACUAGCUAUGGCAGCUAUAUGGGCGCUUGUGUGCUCAACGGGAUUGGUGCUGGUCCUGCAGAGACUUCUCAGCCUGAGAUCAUCACCGAUGUCAUGUUCCUUCAUGAGCGUGGUGCUUAUAACACAAUGUACUUCACGGCCUAUUUCGGGUCUCUCAUGGUCGGUCCUAUUAUCGCAGGACCCAUGGCUGAGCAUAGUGGCUGGCGCAGCUUCUUCUGGUUGAAUGUCGGCCUCUUGGGACUGACGCUCCUCCUUCAAAUCUUCCUAUUCCCCGAGACGAAGUGGCAUCGCACUCGCUCAGAUGAAGGAACUCAAGGGCAACCCUCCUCUGGGCUCGCAACUGAGGAGUCUGAGACAGAGAAGCCAGUGAAAAUUACACAGCAUGAGAAUGUAAAUGCGGAAGCUGGCGAUCGUGACCCGUAUCUGCACAAGGGUACCCCGUCAAAGAAGCAGUUCAAGCUCUGGCAGCUGGAUGGAAACAACAUCAAGACAGUGCUGAUUAGCUUCAUUACUCCAUGGAAGCUGCUGACCUUCCCCAUUGUGGAGUUGGCUGCAUUCGUCGUGUCGUGGUCAGCUAGUUGUUUCCUCACGCUGAAUCUUACUCAGAGUCAAGUAUUUGCACAGCCGCCGUAUAACUUCAACAGUCAAACGAUUGGUUUCUUCAACUUCGCGAUCUUGAUCGGAAGCUUCAUUGGGCUGACAACGAAUGGAAUCCUCUCGGAUUGGAUCUCCAUGAAGGCCACUCGAAAGAACAGAGGUAUUCGAGAACCAGAGAUGCGUCUGCCAGCGAUGAUUCCGUAUGUUAUCAUCUCGAUCAUUGGCAACUUCAUCGUUGCCUUUGGAUAUGAAUAUAAAUGGGACUGGAAGGUGAUUGUGAUCAUCGGAUAUACCGCAGCAGGAAUUCAGGUCGCAGCCUUGCCAGCCAUCACCAGCACAUAUGCAGUUGACAGCUACAAGCCUGUGGCGGGCUCGAUCUUCGUGUCCAUCACUGUGAAUAAGAAUCUCUGGGGCUACGGCUUCAGUAAGUUCAUCACCCCCUGUAUAGAAGAGAGCGGGUAUGUCAAGCCCAUCAUGUUGAACAUGUCACUGGCAACAUUGUGGUGUCUCUGUGCCAUCCCCUUCUACUUCUAUGGAAAGAAAUUCAGGGGAUGGACUGCCAAGUCUUCGGUGCACAAGAUGUAG